UGUGACCAUAUGUAAUUGUUUCCCUCACGUGACUCAGAGGCGCAGGGUUCUUGUUAUGGUAGGAUGUAGUUUUUUCUUUACUGUAAAUGCAAUUCACAAGGACAGUGAUGUACACAUAGAAUAAGGAGUACAUAACAGUGCUGCUGGUACAUGACUUCCACCACAACUCAACAGACGAACAACUGGUUGCACCUGGGAAUCUCUAGUUGGACAAAAAUGGCAUCCUUAAACUUGGUGACAUUACUGUGUUUUGGCCUUGUUGUUUUGGUUAAUUCUUACCCAUCAUUCAGCAGGCAUGAAAAUCAGUGGACAAAGCUAAUUUUGACCCACCACUGGCCUAAGACUUUGUGCACGAUGGAAGAAGUUAGUUGCCAAACCGCAGAUAAGUUUAACUACUGGACUAUACAUGGGCUCUGGCCUGAUAAAGGACAAAGCUGCAAUAGGUCCUGGCACUUCAAUGUGAAUGACAUUAAGGAUCUAUUGCCUGAAAUGGAAAUCUGGUGGCCUGAUGUGUUGCAUCCAGGAACUAAUGAGUUCUGGAAGCAUGAAUGGGAAAAACAUGGGACCUGUGCAGCUGUUGCAGAAUCAUUAAACUCUGAGAAUAAAUACUUUGCUAAAGCACUGGACCUUUACAAAAAAGUAGACCUUGAUAGUAUUCUUAAGAAGUUUAACAUUGUGCCAUCUUCAAAAUACUACAGUUUGGACAAUAUCAGGAGCGUUAUUGACAGUUUUUAUAAAGUAAAACCAAAGAUCCAGUGUGUUUCUCCUUCACAGGGAGAGGCAGUACAAACUCUGGGUCAAAUUGAAAUCUGCUUUGACAAAGAAUAUCAACUGAUGGACUGUGUGGAAGACGAAGAAGAGCUGCCGAACAGCAUUGAUGACCUCUUUGUCUUUGAAUCUGCUCAGCAGUCAGAGUUUUCUGUCUGUGAUGAGUCAAUGCCGAUAUACUAUCCUCCAGCACACGAGGAAUACUAGCAGUUGUAGGCACUAUGGGGCAGAGUUAUUAUUUAUUUGGCUCCAGUGUAGUCUGGUAAUAAUCUUAUACAUGACUUGCAAGUUAAGGUGUACACUUUGUCAGUCGAGAAUAAGUGCUGUAGAAUUUCUUGAUUUUAUCUAUUUUGAGGUUGUGAUGUUGGUGCAGGACAAAAGCAUGCAGUGUUUAAUACCAGCAGUAACAGUCAGAGUCAAUUGUGUCAAAUUGCAGUUGUUCAAAACACUGUAAUUGAAUAAGUGAUACAUACAUAAGUAGCACCAAAAUAGUUUAAAGUAAUGAGGUUACACUAAUUGGAUUAGAUACAUAUUUAGGCAAUAAAUACAAACAUUGAUCAAGUUUUAUUUAGCAUCGUACUGUAUAUUUGUAAUGUUGGGGGGUUGGUGGACAUUUGCAGAUAAUUAUAUUUAAUUGAUUUGGAGCUUUUGAUUUUGUAAAAAAACAAAAACAACAAAACACAACUGGUGAAUAGAAUUUUAAUUGGGGAUGGGGUCUUGUUUUUCCUCUGUAAUCCAUCAUUGUUAAAAAUUUAUAUCCAUGGUACUUCAUACUGGUGCUGUAUUUCUAUUUUAUAUACAUUUCAACAUAUGACAUGUUUUUGUUUACUAUUAAAACAUUUACAUUUA